AGGGGAAGAAGAAGAAGAAGAAGAAGAACCCAGACUCCACCAUAACUCAAGGUAGCGAUCAGAAGAGGACUUGUUGGAUAUCUGUGGAUGAGGAACUCCUGCAGAGAGAGAGAGAGAGAGAGAGAGAGAACUGAGCCGAGCGGUCCAUCAGACAUGACUCCGAGGUGGUGGACUGAAGAUAAUGCUGGAUGCCAUGGAAGUCCCAAGUCAUGCUAGGCACCUCCUCUUGCAACUGAACACGCAACGCACCAAAGGCUUCUUGUGUGAUGUCAUCAUAGUGGUGCAGAAUGCUCUAUUUCGUGCUCAUAAGAACAUUCUGGCUGCCAGCAGCCUUUAUCUUAAAUCCCUUGUUGUCCAUGACAACCUUAUCAACCUGGACCAUGAGAUGGUGAGUCCAGGUGUUUUCCGAGUCAUCCUUGACUAUAUAUACACAGGACGCUUAAGUGAAGGUGACCCCACCUCUCCGACAGAGCCCAACAUAGGUGCAGUGCUAGCAGCUGCUAGUUAUUUGCAGCUGCUGGACUUGGUAGCCCUGUGCAAAAAAAAGCUAAAAAGAACUGGGAAAUACCACUUACGAUCCACGUCUGGGUUUCUGCCUUACAGUAAAAUGAGUCCCAGUGGAGUGCUGGGGGGAAGGCUGCGAGUGUCCACCCCAGUAAUACAGCCCUGCUUCCCUGGUGGGGUGAUGAGCACACCACGAGGCCCAUCAUUGGAGGAUCUACCACCCCACUCCCUGGCUCCCCAUGUAGGAGAGCUUUAUGCUCCAGGCCCUACACAGGGCCAGCAGCCCUACCCUCAUACUCAAGCAACCCUGCCUCCACAACCAGGUCUACGUUUGCCUUCUGUUGACAGGAACUGCUCACCCAUAUAUGGCCUGGACCUGUCCAAGAAGAGCCCCAGCUCCCAGCAACAUUCGACCCAUCCUCAUCUGAGUCACCCUAACGAGGAGCCAGAGGGGGACCUGAGUCACCGCACAAGCCCUCUGCUUAGCCCUACCGAUGGCUCAGGGAAAAUGGAGGCUGUGCACCACACUGGCUCUCUCACUCCACGGUCUUUUCCCCUCCUCAACCCACUGCCCCAACUUCCUCGUUUUCAGCGUUCAAGUUCUCAGGGCCAGGAGGCUUACCCUUGCCCCCCGAGCCCCGAGCCCUCAGAAGAACCAGGAGACCGCAGCAGGGAUGGUUCCAACAUUUACCGCUGGGUGAAGAACGAGCCCAUGCCCUACAGCGUGGAGGAUGAAGAUGAUGAUGAGGAGGAGGAUGACAGUGGGGGCAUGGGUGAUCAGGAAAAAGAAACGCACCACCAACAUAUGAAUCACCACAAAAACAGUGAGGAGAAAUUGAACCUGGGUGAGGGAGGCUAUGACAGACCAGUAACCUGUGAUGGAGAGGACGAGAAUGGGACAGGCAGCGAAGAAACUGGCAGCAGUGAAGGCAGGCCAUCUCCCCCUGGUCCCCGUGGGAGGUAUCAUGUGCCCUAUGAGCCAGAGAGUUUUGGAGAUAACCUAUAUGUGUGCAUUCCAUGUGGGAAAGGGUUUCCCAGCUCUGAGCAGCUCAAUGCCCAUGUGGAAACCCAUGCAGAAGAGGAUCUGAACCAUGUGGGAGAGCUAGAAAACCCAAACAGCAAUGGCACUGACAAACCUGCCAGCACCAAUGGACCCACAAACCUGAACAGCACUGGCAGCCUCCACAGCACCUACCUAGACAGUAAAUCAGGGCAGAACCUGCAUCCAGUGGGCAUUGGGGAAAUGAUUCGGCCAUAUCGCUGUGCCUCCUGUGACAAAACCUACAAAGAUCCGGCAACCCUAAGACAGCACGAGAAGACCCACUGGCUGACCCGCCCUUACCCCUGCAGCAUCUGUGGCAAGAAAUUCACCCAGCGUGGCACCAUGACCCGCCACAUGCGUAGCCACCUGGGCUUGAAGCCUUUUGCCUGUGACGCCUGUGGCAUGCGCUUCACGAGGCAGUACAGGCUCACUGAGCAUAUGCGCAUUCACUCUGGUGAGAAGCCAUACGAGUGCCAGGUAUGUGGUGGCAAAUUUGCCCAGCAGCGGAACCUCAUUAGUCACAUGAAGAUGCACAGCAGUGGAGGGAAUGGUGGGGGAUUCAUAUCUGACGGCAAGCUGAAGAUGGACUUCUCUGAGGGCAUCUUUCCACUAAGUAAGUAUGCAGCUGAACAUCUAGGCCUGAAACAGGAGAAGGCCUCGGAGCUUCUCGCACAGGCUUCUCAGCAGUUGCUGGCAGAUGCCAAGGCCAUGGAGAGCCUUUAUCCACUGACCAAACUGACUGCAGAGCACCUAGGCCUCACACAUGAUAAGAUGGAUGUCUUGCCACUGCCACCUGCCUCUCAACAGCUCCCUGCAGAGGCACGCACCAUUGACCGCUACUCCCCCAGCUAGAGAGGAGACCACCAACUCUGUCUUCCAUCAACAGAGCUCAGCUGCACAGCUAUGACACAUAACUAAAUGCCUGUAUGCUGCCCACAGUAUUUUAACUCUCACCUCAUCUUCAGUGAACCUGCACCUCAGACACAGGAGGAAAGUGACCUUUAGCCAGAAAAAUGCACACAGGAUGCAUUAAAAGUGCCUUUCUCUAUACAUUUUGCAGUAUAGCCAUUUUUUUUUAAAAAAAGGAGAACUGUUUUAUUUAUAAUUUGCUCCAACAAUAGACACACUCACGUAACAGUGCAGUAUUUAUAUAUAUAUAAAAAAAACAAGAUCCUUUUUAUUCAACUUCCGAGCCAACCAGUCAAUUGAAAACC